AUGUGGGUGUUUACUGCAGGGUUCAAGGUGAGUGAAUGGGCUCGCGUAGCUUCCUCGACCGCGUUCCUUCCAUUUCGGCCAUUCACUCGCACAGACCAAUCAUGCAAUUUUCGAGCGUUGGAAAGCUGUCCGGCGCACAAGAAUUUGAACAGCGUCGAGACAAUGACAGGCAAAGCAAAGACAUCUGCCAUGGUGGCCUCAAAGACCAUCAAGGAAUUGCCUCCAAGCGGUCAGUCCAAGACGAUGGCACAGGCACACCAGCACCUCAUCACCCAAGAUCUCGCCACGCUGGACCAGCUCUACCAGCGGCUAAGGCUGGAGGUCAUGGCCGGUUCACCCGACGCCGGGAAGCUUGGCCGUCUCAUUGGCAGGAUGGAGAAUGAGAUAUCGGAGCUGGUUGGUAACCAGUCAUAUCGUGGUCCUACUUGUCGUCACGAGCGAGACAGCACCGCAGAUGAAUCAUUGCCAGCUACCACAAGAGCUCUGCGGCUCCCCAAGGUUCUUGAAAUCGUUCUUGCUACAGUCGAAGACACUCCAACCAAGAAGAGGGCUGCGCCACGUAUCCUCACCCUCCUCAAGCUUCGAGGAGUAUGCAAGCAAUGGCAGGAGGUCAUCAUGAGAGCUCCACGCCUCCGCCGCAUCCUUCACGUCGGCACCGGGUCAGAGACGGCCGUAUUGGAAGUCGACAAAGAAUGGAUGCAGCAAGGAGAGUCGGAGCCUGAUGGCGCGACCAUUAUCUCUGAGCGUGUCAACGGGCGGCCGGUGGUCAUCGCGCCUAACCCUUUGUUCCAGUUGCCCAGUCAUCAAUCGUACAUACCGGACCGGAUCAACACACGUUCCUGGGUGUAUGAGUGGUGGUGCGACGAAUAUCCUCGGCCACUGGACCCGAAAUACGACAAUGCCAAUUCGGAGGUGCAACAUACAUGGUUGCUCACCUUGCCGGCUUCGCUAACGACCUUGCGCGACAUUCCGGGUAUAUACCGCGCCAUGCAUAUCACGACACCCCCAAUCGAAGCCGUCACUCUGUACUCGCUUUAUACCGAAAGCCGACAGCUUGGGAAUGUGGACCCGGAGCAAAUGGGCGUCACCGUCACCAAUCCAGACGGCGUCACUAUUGGGGACGUAGUGAGCGUCAUGAUGGCCUUCCUAUGCCCGAAGCAUUGGAGGUAUGCAUCGCACGUUGUGUUCACGACUUAUUCAUCAAUGGUCGAAGGCGGCUGCGAUUCGUGCUGGUGA